UCUGUUCGCGUGCGAUCUGCUUUCUUUCUCUCUCGCGGUCUCAGCUCUCGGCUCGCGCGCACGAUUUUGUCGCCGUCCAAAGGCAUAAAAUUAAUUGAUCUUGUCCAAUAUUUUGUUUUCAAUUUCUCGUUCCAGCAUUCGUUGAUUGUCUGCUCUUUUACGUUAUGUUUUUCCGCAGAAAAUGGAUCCGGCGGAGAUGAGGACGUUGACGUUGAGGCAACUGGCGGAACAAAUGGACCAAAUCAACGCAGAAAGCCAGGCGAGGAUUGAUGCUGCCUCGGCGCCCCUAAAGCAAACCUGCAAUGACAUGCGACGUGCUUUCGAGAGAUACAUGGACGGUCGCGACUUCUUCCCGGUCGAGUCGCAGGAGGAUUUCGACAUCGUCUUCAUCCUCCGCGAUGAAGGCAUGCGGUUCAAGGUUAGGCUCUGUCGAGAGCCUCUGGGAGAUGCUCUGUUCAGGGAUCUCCAGACAAAACUGACCGUACUCGGUGACGUCGAGUUCGACACCGACGAGCCGCCUCGCCCCUGUGACAGUCAUAUCAUAUGACCACUACUGGUUGAGCCCUAGAUAUGAACCUGUCAUUUUUUCGAUAUUGUUAUGAUUUUGGGAAUUUUUGCAUUUUAUUAUUAGAACCUCUACAUACUUCUCCGACGUAUCGCAUGUACGAAUUUAAAUUCUGAUGCGUCCAACAUUACACAGGGUCUCUGACUCUGGGCUUCCAAGGGGGAGUUUUGGGUAGCUAAUUAAUGGGUUCAAUUUACUCUAGGGAGGGACCCCAAGCAAGUUCUCAGGAACUCGUAUCAUCAUAAAUCUCAUAAACCCAUCUCUUCUUCAAUGGUUUGGUCAGAUAGUUCUUGUGUUUGAACCCAGCUACAAUUCGCAACAAUGCGGCUUAACAUUUUUAUGGCAAUGACAUACAAGAACGGUUCACUUUGUCAUUACCAUAUAUCAUCACAAUCGUCCACGGUACAGCUACAAACCACAUUCAUAGUUGUUGGUCCUAGCUAGGCAACACUCCUCAUGGUCCUACCAACCCCUAGCCUCCAUUGUUGUUGUUGUUGUUGUUAUGUCUGUUCACAUCUGCUGCCACUCUAUCUUUGCUGCUGCUCGAAGUUUCCAUCAGCAUCCCAGUUCAGAGCUUUGUCUGUUACAGAAGAAUAUGAUACAGGGCAACGAGAGACUAUCAGCUAUUUAUUCACAAAUCAGGACAUGAGUAAGGUAAAGCAGAGAACAAUAUCACUUCAAGCAUGUACAUGAAUGAUCUAGACCCCAAAUCAGACCAAGGAAAACUAUCAUCGACUAACUUCUUAUACGUACUGCUCAACUUGUGGUAACACAAACCAGACUACAUAUAUUGAUCACUCCCAGUCCCAGUAGAUUGUCGAGAUUUUCAGUUACGCGAACCUCAAGGUAACCCACACAGAGCAGCUCCAAGAAGUUGAGCUUCACAAGUUAUCUUGUGUUAAAAGAAACGACUAACAAAAGUUACAUGACGUUGGAUUUGAUGACAUUGGAAACUGCUAUAAAUUAAAACCUCUGUUGCAAGCCCAAAUGCGUAAUAACAGUGCUCCAAUAGCGGUUGAUAUGACUGAAUCACAGUGCAUGUCGUUUUGCAUUGACAGUUUCUUCAUCUCUUCUCGAGUGUGAUCAUCAACAAAUUCAAAGGGUGGCAAUGAUGUGUCGCAUUUGUAUGGAAAAACUUCUAACUAGCACAUUACCUUCUUAUCUAUGUAUGUCUUAAGUCUCAACCUACGGUAGAACCAACAUGUAAAGAAGACUGAUACGAGAACCAACUCGAGACUCCCCGGACGGAAACAAUGGUAUAACCCAGGCUCACAAAAUCAUAUGUUCGAGCAUAAUACUCCGGAGAUGGCCACCAUCUAAUUGUUAAGGAAAGGACAUAAAAUCUGCAGCAACUG